GUCUGUGUCACACAAAGCCACGGCAACAACGCGGUCUGUUACCAUGCACUCGACUACUUUGGCCGCGCUCGGUUUCCUGGGCCUUCAGCUCAAUGAUGUAGCCGGUUUUCACGUGCCGGUGCCGGUGCAGCAGGCUCGUAACAUGCGCAGCACGCCGGCGAGGAUGGCGACCGAGGGCACAAACGAGAGCGGGCUCAAGAAGCUCACGAUCAGCUCCGGCGAUGCGUCUGCGGAGGUGUUCACCCUCGGUGGCUGCGUGACCAGCUUCAAGGCGAGUCUCUCCUCUCGCGUGAAGGACUACGACUACCUCUUCGUUCGCCCGGACGCCAUGAUGGACGGAUCCAAGCCGAUCUCGGGCGGUCUGCCCCACUGCUUCCCCCAGUUCGGGCCGGGUGUGAUUCAGCAGCACGGCUUCGGCCGUAACCUUGAGUGGGAGGUGGUCGGUUCGACGGACGACUCGGUGUCCCUCAAGCUCUCUGACAACGAGGAGACGAUGGCGAUGUGGCCUCACCCGUUCGAGUGCGUGUACAAGGUCGCCCUUGACGGGACCACUCUGCAGACCGAGCUGACCGUGACCAACACGGGCCCGGAAGACUUCGAUUUCCAAGCGGCGUUGCACAGCUACUUCCGUUGCUCGGACAUCAACAAGGUGACCAUUUCCAGCCCUAAGCUGGACGGGGCCUCGUACCUGAACAAGAUGAAGGACCCUCCCGCCACGGAAACGUUCUCCGGCACCAAGAUGACGAUCUCCGAGGAGGUGGACCAGGUGUUCAAAGGCGUCACAGGCGACAUCUCCAUCAACGACGCCGGAAACAGCCGCGUCCUCGUGGUGAGCAACACCGAGGGCUGGGCGGACACGGUCAUCUGGAACCCUUACGGCAACGAAGGAAUGGGAGCGGACAACUUUGUCUGCGUGGAGAGCGCCCAGGUCGGCGGGGAGAAGCUCGCCGCGGGCAAGACGUGGACGGGAAAGAUGAAAUUGUUGCCGGCGUAAACUAAAUUAUUUUUUAAUAGUUCUGGGUAGAGGUCGUAUUUUUUAUUUUACUUUGUAGCCCCCAAUCGAAGCGCGCUUUGGUCUCGCCUCUUCCUCACAAGUACCAGUUCACCGUGUGAGCCUAGAUAAGUUUACCAUUCCCCUCCCUUGACGUGGAAGCGGUGCUUGAACAAAACGCCGCGCGCUGAGGUUGGCCGCGAGGAAGCCAGCCGUGGCAAGAGGGGGUCCCCUCCCGUCUGUUGAACAGCACGUUUGUUUCACACGACGGCCUUGUUUUAACACCCGGCAGCUGGAGUUUGUUUCCGUCGUAGGUUGCCGGAGUGGGGGGGG